AUGGCGGCCAACCCGGGCGAGCUACAUGAGGGAGAAACGCAAACAAGCGAAGGAUUUGAAAGCAAUGCCUUUUCCAGUGUAGAAACUACAAGUAUUGGAAGCCCUAUUGCAGGACUAAGCGAUGACGAGCUAGUAAGUUUAUCUGUGAAAGAUUUGAAUACUCGUUUACGAGGAAGGAGCGACCAAGAUGUAGCGAUGAUAAAACAGCGUAGACGAACUUUGAAAAACCGAGGUUAUGCACAAAGCAGCAGAAAUAAACGUGUAACGCAAAGGCUGGACCUUGAAAAAGACAAGGAAAGUUUAAGGGAUGAAUUAGAAAGGAUUGCAAGAGAAAAUGAUCGAUUAAAACGCGAAAGAGACGACACUAAAAGACAAUUUAAUACACUCAUAAGUAUCGUUGGAUCGCAGCCCAACGGUCCGGCGAUAAUAGACCGUAUUAAACUUUCUUCGACUCCGACUGCAAGUGAACCAGCAGGAAAGGCACAAAGGGUUGAUAUCGAAUCGGUUUUAUCAUCAACUGCAGCUCGAGAGAGCGAAAAUCCGCGAGAAAUUGCAGAAACGCUAGCACAGAUUCCAACCUUGCAUUCCCUGAAUGAACAGCGUCUGAAAUCGGCUGAUAAAGGACUUCAGCAAGUUCCAGCGGAUAUUAAUCGGCCUGGACAGUAUAAUAUUUAG